AUGCCUCGCGCACUCCUGGUCGCUUCGGCGAGCCCUAAGAUCCACGCGAGAACGAUGCGACCUCGAAAUCCGCAUUCACUUCGCGAGCGCCAUCGCGCUCCGUCCGAUCGAUGGCGCGACGCGCCGGUCGCUCAGAGGUCGCCCGUCGCCCGUGCCGACCCGCAUCGCAUCUCUCUGCCGUGCCACGAUUUGGGGAAGAAUCAAAAUCUUCGUGCAGGGCGAGGCGAAAGUGCGUCCUCGAGCAAGAUGGCCGCUUUCGUCAUGACGGCGCGCCUGCGCGAGUUUCACUUUGCGAUGUUUGUUUUCACCAAAACUGAGAAUUGCAACGAUCAACACUGGCUAAAUAUAACGAGGUUUGGGUACACUGGUGGUUGUCGGAGACGCGAGAGCGAUUCGUAUGAGAUGUGGUAUCACGUAUCGGUGAGAAGAGUCACCGAGAGGACGAGCUGA